GAAAAGAAUCUUCUACUAGCUCCUGGUACCGCCCACAUGCAUCUGUGCCCCUGUUCCUCUAUUCUUAUGGAAAUCUGUUAAUUCUACUUUUUGAGCACUUAUGAAUAACCACGUAUCUUCAAAACCAUCUACCAUGAAGCUAAAACAGACCAUCAACCCCAUUCUUUUGUAUUUCAUACAUUUUAUAAUAUCACUUUAUACUGUUAUAACAUACAUUCCAUAUUAUUUUUUGUUUGAGACAAGACAAGAAAAAUCAAACCGAAUUAAAGCAAAGCCUGUGAAUUCAAAACCUGAGUCUGCAUACAGAUCUGUUAACAGUUUGGAUGGUUUGGCCUCCGUAUUAUACCCCGGAUGUGAUACACUAGAUAAAGUCUUUAUGUAUGCAAAAAACAAAUUUAAGGACAAAAGACUCUUGGGGACACGUGAAAUUUUAAAUGAGGAAGAUGAAGUACAACCAAAUGGAAAAAUUUUUAAAAAGGUUAUUCUCGGACACUAUAAUUGGCUCUCCUAUGAAGAUGUCUUCGUUAGAGCUCUUAAUUUUGGAAAUGGCUUACAGAUGUUGGGUCAGAAACCAAAGACCAACAUCGCCAUCUUCUGUGAAACCAGGGCCGAAUGGAUGAUUGCUGCACAGGCGUGCUUUAUGUAUAAUUUUCAGCUUGUUACAUUGUAUGCUACUCUAGGAGGUCCGGCUAUUGUUCAUGGAUUGAAUGAAACAGAGGUGACCAACAUCAUUACCAGUAAAGAACUCUUGCAAACAAAGUUGAAGGAUAUAGUUUCUUUAGUCCCAUGCCUGCGGCACAUCAUCACUGUGGACGGGAAGCCACCGACCUGGUCCGAAUUCCCCAAGGGCGUCAUCGUGCACACCAUGGCCGCGGUGCAGGCCCUCGGAGCCAAGGCGACCGCAGAAAACAAACCUCAUAGCAAACCCGGGCCCUUAGAUAUUGCAGUAAUCAUGUAUACAAGUGGAUCCACAGGACUUCCAAAGGGAGUCAUGAUCUCCCACGGCAACAUUAUUGCUGGUAUAACUGGGAUGGCGGAAAGGAUUCCAAGGCUGGGAGAGGAAGAUGUUUACAUUGGAUAUCUGCCUCUGGCCCACGUGUUAGAAUUAAGUGCCGAGCUUGUGUGUCUUUCUCACGGAUGCCGCAUCGGCUACUCUUCACCACAGACGUUAGCAGAUCAGUCUUCAAAAAUAAAGAAAGGAAGCAAAGGGGACACAACCAUGUUGAAACCAACACUGAUGGCGGCUGUUCCGGAAAUCAUGGAUCGGAUCUACAAAAAUGUCAUGAAUAAAGUGAAUGAAAUGAGUAGUUUCCAGCGCAAUCUGUUUAUUCUGGCCUAUAAUUACAAAAUGGAGCAGAUUUCAAAAGGGCAUGGCACCCCUCUGUGUGACAGGUUUAUUUUUCGAAAAGUUCGAGGCUUGCUAGGUGGAAACAUUCGGCUUCUGUUGUGUGGAGGCGCUCCACUUUCUGCAACCACACAGCGGUUCAUGAACAUCUGUUUCUGCUGUCCCGUGGGGCAGGGGUACGGACUCACCGAAUCUUCUGGUGCAGGAACGAUUACGGAAGUAUGGGACUACAAUACUGGCCGAGUGGGAGCACCAUUAGUUUGCUGUGAAAUCAAACUGAAGAACUGGGAGGAAGGUGGAUACUUUAAUACCGAUAAACCACACCCCAGGGGUGAAAUUCUUAUUGGCGGUCAAAAUGUGACAAUGGGAUACUACAAAAAUGAAGCAAAAACAAAAGCUGAUUUCUUUGAAGAUGAAAAUGGACAGAGGUGGCUCUGUACUGGAGAUGUCGGGGAGUUUGACCCUGAUGGUUGUUUAAAGAUUAUUGAUCGUAAAAAGGACCUUGUGAAACUCCAGGCAGGAGAAUAUGUUUCUCUUGGGAAGGUAGAGGCAGCUUUGAAGAAUCUCUCACUCAUAGAUAACAUUUGUGCAUACGCAAACAGUUACCAUUCCUACGUCAUUGGAUUUGUCGUGCCAAAUCAAAAGGAACUAACGGAACUCGCCCGGAAGAAGGGACUUCAGGGGACGUGGGAGGAGCUGUGCAACAGCUGUGAAAUGGAGAACGAGGUGCUCAAAGUGCUUUCCGAAGCUGCUGUUUCAGCAAGUCUAGAAAAAUUUGAAAUUCCAGUAAAAAUUCGUUUGAGCCCUGAACCGUGGACCCCCGAAACCGGCCUGGUGACAGACGCCUUCAAGCUGAAACGCAAAGAGCUUAAAACACAUUACCAGGCGGACAUUGAGCGGAUGUACGGAAGAAAGUAGUUCUUCUCUCUCAGCACGGUUUGCUACAGGGAGCUCAGAUCAAAUAGGAAAAUACUUGAAGCGCGUGUCUCCAGCUGUGAGGCAAACCCCAUUCUUCGUAUUAAAGCCUAAACUGUUACUUCUCAUGACGUCGCCAUUUUUACUGACAGGAUUAGUAAAACAUUAAGACAGCAAACUGGUGUCUGCCUCUUCUUUCUUGCCCCUUUCCAGCCUACCACCUAGGACUGCACUUGUCAGCAUGAGGACUUUCCGAAUCAUUUUGGGGAAUGGUGAUUUUAAAACCUCAAGUUUUUAAACAUGAUUUAUAUGUUCUGUAUAAUGUUGAGUUUGUAACUUUUUAAAGUUUGGAUGUACAGAGGGAUAAAUAGGAAAUAUAAGAAUUGGUUAUUUGGGGGGCUUUUUUACUUACAGUAUUUAAAAAUGCAAGGGUAUGGAUGUGAAAUUAUGUAAAUUCAGACGCUUAUGAAUCAAAUCAUUGUUGAACAAAAGAUUUGUUGCUGUGUAAUUAUUGUCUUGUAUGCAUUUGAGAGAAAUAAAUAUACCCACG